CAACCCUUUUGUAGUUACGAAAAUGCAAAUACUUUAAAUGUGGCAUAAAUGCUCCGCCUCUGAUACUAUAAAGUAUUAAAUGUGUUACUAUUAACGGCUGUCAGUAAGGCUGUUGUUUACGUCUGUCACAGUCAAAUCAUUUUGGUGGCGUUAAUUGAGUUGGUUCUUGGCUGAUGCAAAGUAUUAUUGGAUUAUAAUAUGUUAUUACUCGAUACAAAUAAUAUACUGGUAUAUUAUUUAUUAAGAUGAACGAACCAAGUUCCAGAACAAAAAAAAUUUUGGCUUUAACAACCGAAUUAAACAAACAGCUUAAAGAGCAAAGGGAAGUUUAUCGAUCUUUAGCAAGUUGCUCAAAAACAAAUCGUAGUGAGACUGAGGCAAAUGAUCCGGAUUAUCAUGUUUCUAGUUCAGAUAUGGAAUCAAGUGAAUCGGACGAAAAUAUGUUGGAAAGCCCAACAAAUAAAAUUUUUGCAGAGAAAGAUGAUGGUAAUGAGACGAUUGAGGAAUCAGUAAAAUUUAUCAUGGAAAAGCUACUAACUCACGUCGAUGAACAUUUUACGACACGCGGGACAAAAGGAAAGGGAAGAAAAUAUAAGAUCCCACUUAGAGAAAGGAAUCUUCUUAAAUUGGAAAAUUAAAAAAAUAAGCAUCGCGUCAAACAACCUUGUUCUGCAAUAUGCAAAAAAAAAUGUAUUAGUAAAAUUUCAGAUGAAAGGCGAGUACAAAUUAACCAAGAGUUUUGGGCAAUGACACCACAAGAACGAAAAAACUAUAUGUACUCUAAAACAAAAAAAAGUACCUGUAAAAAGACGUACUGCUGGUUUAAAUUCACGCAGAAACUUUACUGUGACUUAUGUUUGUCCAGAUGAUGGGGGUAUUAACCAAGAAGUUUGCAAAACUUUCUUUUUAGCCACUAUGGGUUUCAACAACAAAGUGGAUAAAUGUUUACGUACUGUGCUUAAAAUUACUCCUAAUGGUUCUUUGCAAGCAACUUCGGAUCGUCGUGGCAGUCAUUCAGCUACAAACAAAAUAGACAGAACGUCCAUAAUAAAUCAUAUUAAUUCCUUUGAGCCUUCCAUAUCACACUAUCGCAGGGUGCAUGCUCCCAACCGAAAAUAUUUACCUACAGAUCUCAAUAUUCGGAUGAUGUACAAUAAUUUUAAAAUAAAAGAACUAAAUAUUGUAUGUUCCUACGAGUUAUAUAGAAAAACACUACAAUCAAUGAAUAUAUCUUUUCUGAAGUUGGGACACGAAGAAUGUUUUAUUUGUGAGAAGUAUUUCUUGCAUGAAAAAGACUCACAACAUAAGAGGGAUGAACCUGAACCUAAUUGUUCUGUUUGCAAAGAAUAUACGAUUCAUAAGAAAAACGCUACAGAGUCACGAAAAUGUUACGAAAAUGAUAAGAAUGGUACUAGUGGAACAGCCAUAUAUUCUGCUGAUUUGCAAAAGGUAAUCAUGCUUCCAAGAUAUGAAUCCUUGAAGGAAGUAAUAUUUAUGGGGAGAAUCAUAGCAUUCAAUGAAUCUUUUGUACCAGUGGGGACUAAACAAAAGAACAGGAAGCCCAUAGCAGUUAUUUGGCAUGAAGGUGUAGCCGGACGCUCAAAAAGUGAUAUCAUUAGCACAUUUUAUUCAUUUUUUUUACGACAUAGGGAUGACAAACAUAUAAUUCUGUGGCUUGAUAAUUGCUCAGCACAAAAUAAAAAUUGGGCACUUUUAUCAUUUUUUGUCAGCAUAGUAAAUUCAGAUGAAAUUAGCCUUAAAAAACUGGAAAUUAAAUAUUUUGAGCCCGGUCACACUUUCAUGUCGGCGGAUUCAUUCCACCACCAGGUUGAGAUGUCCCAUGAAAAGUUUAUGAUUUUCCUGAUUUUGAAGACUGUGUACAAAAUGCAAACCGUGGUAAAGUUUUAGUAAUAAAUAUGCAACAUAAUAAUUUCUACAAUUGCUUAGACCACAGCUCUCAAUAUAAAAUUAAAAAUAUUAAACCAAGUCGACCAUACCUAAAUAAAAUGGUGCACAUCCAGUUUUCACGAGGGGAGUUUACUUUGACUUACAAAUAUAGCUUUUGUGACGAUUUUGUCGAGUUAAAUUUUCUAAACGCCAAAGUGCAAAAAAAAGGAUUUCCAGAGAUUUUGCCUAGAAAUACAAACAGGGGCAUACCAGCUGAAAAAAAAAGUUCUAUUUUGACUAAACUUGGACCUGAACUGGUAGAAGAAGACGAAGACAUAUGAGUUUUUUUGUUGAAUCAUUUGGAAUCUUGUAAGAUUUUUUUGAAUUUGAGGCAAUAAAACUGUAUUUUAACGAA